CAACUACUGCAGCGAGAUGCAGCCGUGCUCCAACGGGUCGACGUGCGUGGACGAGGCGACCGGCUUCCGUUGCGUGUGCCCCGAAGGGCUGCGCGGACCGCGCUGCGAGCAAGACGUGGACGACUGCGAGCCGGGACUGUGCCUGAACGGCGGCACGUGCGUGGAUGGUUUCAACGCGUUCAGCUGCCUCUGCCCUUCCGGCUACAUGGGUGCUGCGUGUGAGAUCAACGUCGACGACUGCGCCUCAGGGCCCUGUUUCAACGGCGCCACCUGCAUCGACGGCAUCGACGCGUUUGCCUGCAAGUGCGCGAAGGGUUUCACGGGCAAGCUCUGCGACGCGACGUUCCACGAUUGCACCACGAAACCGUGCCGCAACGGUGGCUCGUGCUUCGAGAGUGUCACGGGAUUUCGAUGCUGCUGUCCGAAAGGAUUCCGCGGAAAGACUUGCGAGUUGGUGGAACACGCUUGCUUGCCCAACCCGUGCCGGAACAACGGCACGUGCAAGAAGAAAAGCGACUCGUUCCAGUGCGCAUGCGCGCCGGGCUUCGCGGGCCGUCGCUGCGAGAGGAAGGUGAACAACUGCGCUUCGGCGCCGUGCCUCAAUGGUGGCACGUGCGUCGACGGACUCGCUUCCUUCUCGUGCCGAUGCCACGGACUGUACACGGGGGACACUUGCGCGGACGUUCUGUCAUCGCAGUUCACGCUGCACUUUCGGGAUGCCUCCGUGCUGGACUACGCUACGGUUCCCGUACAGCGCUACCUCCGUGCCGUGACGCUCUCCUUCCACAUGAAGACGACUCAGACUAAGGGGCGCGGAACGGUGUUCUCGUACGCAUUCGUCGACCCGCGCACCAAGCAAGUCCAGGACAACGCUUUCACCAUCUCCGACCCCAGCAAGCUGCUUCUCUACGUGUACGGCGAGAGCUACGACACCAAGGUGGUCGCAAACGAUGGCCUAUGGCACCACUGCGCGGUUACUUGGGAGAGCGCGGACGGUCAGUGGAUCUUCUACUGGGACCAGCAAGAGAAGGCGCGUAACUUUCGGGCUGUCGGCGAGGUCGUCUUCCCUGGAGUGCUCGUGGUGGGACAGGACCAGGACCGCGUGGGAACUGCGUUUAGUGGCGUCGAGGCCUACUCCGGACAUGUGGCCGAGCUGAACGUGUGGGAUUACGCCAUGUCGCCCAGCGAGGUCAGGGAACUCUCGCAAGCAUGUCGGCUAGCGGGCAAUGUCGUUUCCUGGCCUGAGCUGCGCCUUGCUGCCACAAACGGCAUUGUGAUCGACGACGACUGGGAGCUGUGCAAAGACACGUACGGCGGCCAAGACAGGAAGCAGGCCAUGUCGUGCCACAGCGCAUCUGCCUCCUUUGAGAACCGUACCAGUUGUUCCAGACGAGUGGGAUCCUGUAGCACGAAUCCAUGUAAAAAUGGCCAGUCAUGCAUUGAAAGGAGUGACGGCACCGCAGAGUGCGUCUGCAGUGCAUCGUACGAAGGCAGAUUUUGCCAGUAUGACGUCGACGAGUGCUUAAUAGGAAGGCACAACUGUUCCCACACAUGCGUCAACAUGCCGGGGUACUAUAAGUGCGCAUGUCCAGAGAGAAUGAUCCUUAGCAACGAUGGAAUCACGUGUGUGGAUACCAGUUAUUGCAUCGAUGUUUCGUCGGCGUAUGUGGACGGAGAGUCGUGGAAGCGUGGCUGUGAGACCUGCAAGUGUGACAAGGGAGUGGUUCAGUGCUCUCCUUUGGACUGUCCAGCACUGACUUGUCCCGCUGGAGAAAUUAUCUUCAAGAACCCGUCUCAGUGCUGUGGGUCCUGUAUCAAAGAACCGCCAAAAUGCACCCUGCUGCCAAACAGCACUCUGGUCACUUUUGACGGACUCUCUUUCCCGCUGAACAAGAAACGCAAUUAUACCGUGUUCCAAGACUGCUACCACGGGAAAUUCUACGGCUACCUGAGUCUCAUGGGAAAUGAGGUUACGGUUCGCGUGUACAUACACUGCCUAACCGCCACGCUGUUCGCCAGCGGUCGGGCGUUGGUAGGCGACCGCGACGUCCAGCGGCCGCACCAUGAGGACACCAUCAUGUCCAUCGACUUCGGCAACGGCAGCAACGCGGUGGAACUGCGCACUCAUCACGGCCUGGUCGUCGCGGUGCGCAAGGACGGUGCCAUCGUGACGUCACUUCCGGACGGAUACGCUGGUCAAGUGUGCGGCCUGUGCGGGAAUGCCAACGCCGACGUCCGAGACGACUUCACCACUAAGCACCACGUCAGCGCCAAGGGAAAAGCGGAGUUCCUCGCCAGCUGGAGCCUACCCACCCCCGUUGAACGGCGGCGAGGCCAAGCGCCUCCAGCCUGCACAAAUCGACCAGCCCACGUCGCCGCUAGAGUUACCGAGAUGUGUAGAUACAUGAAGAAAGACCGAAAUCUACAAGCCUGUUUGAAGAGUCUCAAGAAUUCAUGGGUGUUCCACGAAAUCUGCUCCCAGCAAAUGUGCUCUUGCUACGGAAGUGCCUUCUGCUACUGCGACGCCUACGCUGCAGUGAAACUGGCCUGCGAGCUGCACAACGUGUCGUUAAGCCACCUGCCCGGGAAAGCUUGCGAAGGACGCUGUCCGCCAGGUAUGGUGUUUCAUACUUGCGGCCCGGUGGUCACGCCUCGAUGCUCAAUACGCAAGACCAUUGACGAUGGACCCUGCGUGCCCGGAUGUUUCUGUCCUGCGGACCGAGUCUUGCACAACGGGAGGUGCAUAGAGAAGCAAGAGUGCCCAGCGGAAUCACUGACGCAGUUUGAAAGAACUUAACCAAUCACCGCGACGAAAAACAUCGAACCUGCCAUCUCAUCGUUGUCAUUGGUGCUCAUCUUUGGAACAUCGGCACCUUCUCGCGGAAAAGUGUUGUUGCUGAAAAGAGAAAAUUUGUCAUGCUUUUUUAUAGCACGGUUACUCCAAUUUUACCCGUCGCGUUAGCCCAGUGCAUUGCUAUAGCGUUGCGCUGCUGAGCUCGAGGACGCGGGUUCGAUACCGGCCGCGGUGGCCGCAUUCCGAUGCGUCCGGAAUGCAAAAGCGCCCGUUUACCGUGCAUUGGGAGCACAUUAAAGAAUCCUAGGGGGCCAACUUAAUCCGGAGUCCCCAACUUCGGCGUGCCUCACAAUUAGAUCGUGGUUUUGACACGUUAAAGCCCAGAAUAUAAUCUUUCGAAUAUUUUACGUGUAUUUUACAGAGAAUGCUGUAUGAGGGACACUACUGCGGGGUUUACGGGCGAUCUGAGUUGACCGGCCGUAAUGCGCCUUGUCAUGUGACAUACCUUAAAAUAAAAUGAUUGUCAUCACGCCCAUGUAUAUUCUCUGCAGGUCAGAAUGGCGAUUGAUUAACCACUAUAUACAAUGCCUUAACCAUAAAUACUAUGUGCUUAUCAUCGAUUGGCGUUAACCCGAAGUAUCUCGCCGAAAUAUAUCCGUCGAGGUACCGACCAUGACGUAGUCACGCCAGACCUUGGCUGGGUAGACAAAUAAAGCUUCACUUUUAAACUCUCUAAUGCCGCGACCAUAAUGUUGCCGUGGCGCCUCGCCGUAUUCAUUUAAUCACAUUAUAGUUUUUCACGUGGCAGAGUGGGGGAUAUAAAAAUAAAUAAUGCGCAAUCUUUCUACCCUGGCUACAACUUUAUCCUUGUUUUUCUUGCGUUUUCGGAGCUCUCUCUGGGUCCCCAAAUAAGGCCCCAAGGCCGCAGUAAUUUGUGCCGCCACUACUUCUGCCGCGCUCCUGCGAUAGUGGGUGCCAUAUCUUGCAAGAUGGCCCUCUCCUUCGAGCAACUCACCGUUAUCGAUGAAUCUUGCCUUUAAGGACACACACAGCUUUUUUACCGCUGCGUUCGAUAUGAUUGCACGCGCCGUCGUUUAUUUCAUAGCACUGUCACUUCCGGCACUGAGCGGACGAUGAGUCGAGGUGCGUACGAAGCUGCCUUCUCACGGAUCACUUCAACCACAUCUUUAGGUUUUUGUCCCUCUAAGUACAUCAUCAACUCCUACUAGCAGCACUAGCAGACAACACUCCUGGUGGCUUGACUCAUUCACUUGGAGGGAGAACCGGUGGAGUGCGCAGUUCACUAGUUGCAUGCCGAGCCCAGUGUAUACCUUCAAAGCGGCGUUGCAUACCGAAGCGCUGGCGCAAUCCGUGGUACA